GUUUCGCACGCUUCUUCGAGUCGCGCCAGCACCCACGUGUUUUGUUUGUUGGAGCCGCACGUCACGACGCACGAUGGAGCAUCACAAGAAGCGACGCUACAAUGACAAGGCCCGGCAGUCCUCGCAGAAGGACAAGAAGCCGAAGGUGCAGCCACUGCUGAGUCGCCGCCAAGUCAAGAUCUUGGAAAAGAAGCUUCAGCGAAAGAAAAACAUGCAAGAGCUGUCUGGGCUGCUGAAGGAUGUUGCUGAUCGCCGGUUGUCAGAGGACAAGUCACAGCAGCUGGCGGCAACAACACAGCUGUCCCAAGGACGCAAGGUGUUGCGGAAGGCCCGCCGGCAGCAGCGAGCAGAGGCGGCACGGCUGCGCAAACUUGCCGAGGCCGAACAAGAGAGCGAAGCGCAGCAGGAGCUUGAUUUGGCGGCAACCGGCGGGAUCGGCGAGUACAGGGAUGCCGCUUCUGUUGCCGCGCUGAUGCAGUCCGUCAAGCGCGAGGAGGCCAGCCACCACCAUACCGAGGGCGAUGGCGGGCACAUGGAUGAAGGCAACGACGACGAUGCCGAGGACACAGACAGUGGCGACGACCACAACGACGAUGAGGAGAUGGCAGAGGAACUGGCACAGCUGGAGGCAGAGAGCGAAAGCAGAAAGGCACACAGCGGCGCUGCCGGUGCAGACAAGGACGUGUCAUAUGCAGAGGCGCUGGCAAAGGCGUGGGAAACGAGCGAUGAUGGGGACGCCACUGCAAGCGGCAGCAAGGGUAAAGAAGCAGCAGCAGCCGGUGCAACGAAGAAAGGAAGGCAAGCAGGCAAGGCUGGGGUCACCAGCGCAAGCCUUCCAGGGCUGACCCGGCGUGUUGUGUUGGUGCAACGCAAGCAAGCCAUUGACGAGGUUCGCGCCAAACUGCCUGUUGUUGGGCAGGAGCAGGAGAUUAUGGAGGCCAUCAACGAGAACAGCGUUGUUGUUGUCUGCGGCCCCACGGGUAGCGGCAAGACAACGCAGAUUCCGCAGUUUCUGUACGAGGCAGGAUACAACCAAGGGUAUGGCGGGCAGCAGCUGCUGAUUGGCGUGACGGAGCCCCGCCGUAUUGCUGCCAUCAGCGUCGCUGCGCGUGUGGCGGAGGAGCUUGCACUCACACCACGCGACGUCUCCUACCAGGUUCGCUACGAGAACACGCUGACGGCCCAGACGAAGAUCAAGUUCAUGACCGAUGGUGUCUUGCAAAAGGAGAUUGAGCAAGACUUUGCGCUGCGCAAGUACUCUGUGAUUGUGAUUGACGAAGCGCACGAGCGCUCCAUGCACACGGACAUUGUUAUCGGUCUCCUCUCGCGCAUCAUCCCCCUCCGUGAACGCAUGCACCGUGACUCGCUGAAACUGCACGGCGCCAAGUCUGAUCAAGUCGUUGCCCCACUCAAGCUCGUCAUCAUGUCCGCCACCCUCCGCGUUGCCGACUUUACGCAGAAUGCGCUGCUCUUCCCCAACAUUCGCGUUCCCGUGCUCGAAGUUGAUGCCCGCCAGUACAAGGUCACCACCCACUUCAGCAAACGCACGCGCGUGGACCAAGACCCCGUCACCUCCGUCACCAAAGCUGUGUCGCGUAUCCACCGCCGCCUCCCACCAGGCGGCAUUCUCGUCUUCAUGACCGGACAGGCUGAGAUUUUGCAGACGUGCCGCAAGCUGCGGGAAAUGUUCCCAGCGUCACUCGCGAAGAAGAAGGAGGAGAAGGAGAAGGAAGCAGCAGCAGCAGCAGCAGCAGGCGAGCAAGGAGGGGUGCAGGGCAGGAAGAAGAAAGGAGGAAAGAAGAAGGGGAAACAAGGUGAUGUUGUGGUGAAGGAGGAGGAGCCGGAGGACCUUCAAGAGCCGCAAGACGCAUCAGCGAAAGCCAUGGACACGGGCGCAAACGAGACGGCGAACGACAAUGACAAUGACAACGACAACGACAAUGAUGGCGAUGGGGCCGUGGAUGAGAGCCAGCUUGCUCGGAACGAGGACGAGUUUGAGGUUGAGGGGGAGGACACCGACAUUGAUGCGAGCGACGACGAAGCCGACGAUUACGAGCACAGUGAGGACGAUGAUGAUGAUGGGGAUGGUGGUGGCAGUGGUGUAGGGCCAACUGCGCGCGGCGUGGGUGCGGUGAAACAAAGCAAACCCUUUACGCAGCUGGCAGAAGAUGAGCCCCUGUAUGUCCUGCCGCUCUUCUCAAACCUCUCAAAGAAGGCCCAAGCAAAGGUGUUCCAACGAGCACCAAAAGGGUUCAGGCUGUGUGUUAUCGCAACAAACGUGGCAGAGACAUCCAUCACCAUUCCUGGAAUGACAUACGUUCUCGACACGGGUCUUGUGAAGAAAGCGCUGUACGAUCCCAUGACGGGCGCAACGUCGUUCAAGGUCGACUGGACUUCGAAGGCAUCGGCAAAGCAGCGAGCUGGUCGUGCUGGUCGUACGGGCCCUGGCCACUGCUAUCGCCUCUACUCCUCCGCUGUGUUCAACGACUUUUUCGCCGAGCACAGUGAGCCCGAGAUUUGCAAACUGCCGGCAGACGGGCUCAUUCUGCAGAUGAAGGCAAUGGGGAUUGACAAGGUGAUCAACUUUCCCUUUCCAACGCCGCCUAGCAGAGCUUCGCUCAAGAAUGGUGAGCAAACGCUGCGAAAGCUCAAUGCCCUCGACACAAAGGGAUUCAUCACCAACAUUGGCCGCGCAAUCUCAAAGUACCCGGUUGCGCCGCGUUACGGCAAGAUGCUCGCUCUGGCCAAGCAUUAUGGCUGCAUGGAACUCGCUGUCGCCAUUGUUGCCGCUCUCACUGUCCAGAAUCUGCUGCACACGCAAGACGUUGAGCUCCCUGGGCCAGAGGAGGAGAAAACAUCCGAUGACUCAGCAGCCGCGAAAAAGCAGCAGAAGAAGGAAACGCCCCCACCGCUGGUGAAGGUCUCAAACUCGCAGUGGAAAACCAUCGGUCGGCAGAAGGACACGGACUUUGCCGUCUUGCUGGCGGUCUUGGGCGCCUGCGAUUUUGAAAUCAAACGAGGCCACGAUCUGGAGGAGUUUUGUGCGCGUAUGCAUGUGCGCAGCAAAGCCAUCACGGAAACACGCAAGCUGAGGCAACAACUGAUGGCACUUGGCGAGUCGUCGAGCAUGGAUGCGUCUGAGAAGACGGAUAUCGACGUUGGCAAAUCGCAGCCGCUCGAAGCGCUCCCAGUCCCGGACAACAGCGUGCUGACACAGAUCAGGCAGAUCACGCUGGCUGCGUUCCCCGAUCACGUGGCGCGACGCGAAGUUGCCGGGACAGCAACACGCUCUGCCGCUUACCGCUGCACUGCCGUGCAAGGCCUCGUGUACAUCCACCCGUCGUCCGCGCUGUACGGAACGAACAACGAAUUUGUCGUCUUCCACAACUUGAUGGAGUCCAAAGGGCGCCAUUUCAUGAAGGAUGUGACAGUGAUCUCGCGUGUGUGGAUCCCGAAGCUUGCGCCAGUGUGCUGCAACUACUCAAAGCCGCUCGAGGACCCGUCCCCGCGCUACGACCCGAAGGCGGAUGACAUGCGCUGCUACGUGACGGCGACAUACGGCACACACGAGUGGCCGCUACCCGUGCAGGAGGUCUCGUUCCCGCAGUCGCCCGAGCGAUACAAACACUUUGCAAAGGCCUUCCUUGCUGGCCAGGUGGUUGAGAAGCUGAAGGAGUUCACACCCAAACUUCUGAACCGCCCAGACAUCAUGUGCAAGAGCUGGACAAAGGAGCGUGUGACGCGAUUGCUGUCGGCUCUGAUGAACGCAAAGGUCUCAACGCGACGUGAGCUGCUCGCAGCGUUUGCCAAGGAUCCAAAAUUUCUGUUGCGGGAGUAUGCUGCGUGGCUGGACAGCGAAGAGCACGACGUGUUGAAGGCAAUUUGGCCUCCAAAGGCGUAAUGGUGAUGUCGAUGACGAUGAUGGUGAUGAUGAUAGCGGCGGCGGCGGUGGUGGUGUGGUGAUUGCAGGGCUUUGCUGUUGCGGGCAUGUGCACGUGUAUGUGUGAUUUGACAUUUUGGCCGAAGAGAAUUUAGUGUUGUGGCUGUGAGUAAACAAUGUAUUGGUGA